AGACUAUGUACAUGUUGAAGUGUCUUAUAUUUUGAAAUGUCACUUUACGGGUAAUGGCAAAUAUAGAUAUUUAGCGGAGUACACUUAAUAUUGAGAAACCUUGAAGUUAUUUAAUCUAAAGCUUAAAUAUAUACAGGCUACGAAUGAAAGUCCACCGCACUGUUUAUAUGUGUUGACAUUGGAUUUAUGAAGGAAAUCACUACCGAUCGGGGUAUAAUUAAACUUUUGAAAAUGAUAUAGGAAAAUGGAAAUAAAGUUAGAUAUUGGAAUGCUUUAAUUGGAUUUCGUGCACUGGGGAUCGACCAGGUCAUUAUUUGCUAUGAUAUCAAUAACAAAAGUUGAAAUUGUGGGACCCUUUAAUGCGGAGUGGAAAGUAGCUGAAUAUGAUCGAAAUUACAGGUUCCCUGUACCGUCUGGUAUAUGACUCGAAGAGAUUUUUCAAGAACGCGCAAUAUUACCACAUAGUGAUUACAGUGUUCCUGUUUGGGACAGGGAUUGCGGCAAUAGUUCUCUCAAGUGGAUCAAAUGGGAACGCCCAAGUGCCUUAUUUCUUCAGUGCUUUCAUAGCCGGAGCCUGGCAUAUUGUAUCCGCGGUGUUGUGUCAGCUGUGUAUAUACUAUCUGUCCGGGGACGGCAGUCGCAGCAGCACGGCUAGCACGCUGGUACGUGUUUACUCCAUCGUCUGCUCCGUGUUCGUUUUAUUCAACGUGAUGGGCGUGGUGUUCACCGUGGUCAAUGGAAUGUGCAUAGAGAGUCAGAUGUGCUACUACGACAAAAACUAUAUAUCAAACAGAACAAUGGCUAUUUUACUUAUUCUGGAACAUUGUGUGUCCAUCCUAGCAAGCAUUUUCCUCGCAAAAAGAGCUCAUUUGAUUGAUUCUGAACUAUCCGCGGAUGUGUCAAUAAAGCUUAAUCAUCAUUUUAAUUUUAGUCGGAAGAGUAAGCGCUCUUCUGCGUCCGAACAGCAGUCAGACACGUCCCGUAGUCAACAGACGACACCGGAAAAUAAAAAUGAAUCGGGUUUAUCCGAAGUGCAAAACAAAGGAGGACAUGUUUUGACUACGAUAGAAAUUUCGGCAAUGACGCAUCGAAAAACACAUAGGAGGUCAAAAUCUCAACCAAUCACGUUGAAGCAACUUGGUUUAGAACAGACCAAAAUUGAGGGACAAGAGUUUUCAAUAUAUUCUGACUCAGAAUCGAAAGUAAAGGGAGAACAUCACAAGAAAAAACGGCGUUUUAUUCCAUCAAAAUCAAAAUCAAACCGUGUUAAAGCGACUAUUGAAAUAAAUACAGACAAAAGAGUUAGGUCAAAGUCGGUAGGGGACGAUCUUGAUUGCACUCUCUCAGAAGAUGAAAGUCUUUCAAGCUUCGCAACUAGGAGUUCCAUUGAAGAGAGGAUGAAACAACUGAAUAAACUAGAAAAAAGAACUACAGCACCUCUUCCGGUAGAUCAAAACGAGGCUGGCGAUCUCUUUUACGUAAAACCAGCCCCUGAUGCAGAAAACUGGGAAGAUAAACAGCAAAAACUGUUUGACAAACAAUCACAGCUACAGAAAGAGCAAGAAAAAUUACAUAGAGAACAGGCAAAACUACACGAAAAACAAAGAAAAUUGUUUCAAGUGCAACAACAACAGCAAACUAUUUCACAUCCUGCUCCCCCGCCCUACGAAUGUUUUGAAAGUCCAGACAAUAGUAGAACUAUUUUGCAUGUAGAGGAAGGUGAAGAUGACAAGCACGGUGAUGUUCCUCUGUGAUAAACUAGCAAUUUCUAGGUAUUUUUGUGAUAAAUAUGCAAUAUCUUAAACCUUUUUUUUAUUUUUAAACAAAACGUUUUUAUGUAGAAGACAAGUCGUGCUCUUUAUUCUAAAGGCUUCCAUUUUAGCAUAAGGUAGGUCUGAAUUUUACAAAAUACUCAAUUGUAUUUGUCAAAUUUUCUAAUACAAUAUUUUAUGUUGUCAGUUUCUUUACAGGGUUAAAUAACUCACUGGAAACAUUUGUAAAUUGUAUUCUUUGUUAAAAAGGGCAUAAAUACCAACAACUUUUUUAUUGAUGUAGAUGGUUAAUUUUUGCCUUAUGUUUCUUGAUUUGAUAGACGCGGCCUAUUUUACAUAGUCAAAAGUUCGCGUUUCGCAGCUGAUUACGCUAGAUUUCUAUUCGAAAUAAUAAUACUCUUGACAUUCAUGAAUGUAUGAAUUCGUUUGUCAAUUUUUUUGCGAAUAUUAGUAUCUAGUCUACAGUAAAUCUGCUAUGAGUUCACAGAAAAUGUUUCCAGAAAAUUUUCUUGCAGAAGUAAUGCUACCAUUAAAUCAUUUAAAAAGGAAAAUACCCAGCCAGCAUUCCAUAUUGGCCCGAUAUCAAACCGACGUCGUUGUCUAUAACGGCCCGAUAUCGGCUUCAAUUUCGGCUGCAAAUAGGAAUGAUGUCGGCCCGUUGUCGGCAGACGGUAUCGGGCCAACAUCAUAAUGACAUUGGUCCGAAAUUGGCAAACGAUAUUUGACCAAUAGCAAAAAGAUAUCGGCCCGAUAUUGGCCGAUCAUAUCGUGGUCGCGAAAUAGUGUGACACGCAGUGCUUUAUCAAAGUUUUCUUAAAAUAUACACUUUAUAAAUUCUCAGAGUAAUUUUCUUGAGAACUGAUAUGUCUCGCAUCAUGUGUAUGAUGUUUAUUUGAUUUUAUUGAUAUAAUAUUUUUCACAACUAUAUACUGCAUGUUUUAUACAGUUACGUAAGCUUUCUAUAUAUACUUAACACUUUUAAAAUUGUUCAAUUAAUAGAAUUUUAAACAUAUAUAUAUUUUCAAUUUAUUGUAAAUAUUAAUAUUUCUAUGGCGACAUUUUACAUAAAAAUAAAAAUGCAUCUUAAUUAUUACCUCCCUUUAUUACAUAUAAAAUUUUGAUUAAUACCGUGUACAGAUUUUGUUUGGAGCCUAGUCUGAGUAAUUCUGGCAUACAUCAUAUUUGCUUAAUAAAUUACCACAUAUGAACAAUUAGAUUACUUUUUCACGUUUAUCAAUAAUAUUUUGAAAAAUAUGGUUAUAUUAGAGAAUCCAAUAUCGGCCCGGUGUCAAUCCGACGUACGAAAUAGUUACACUGAUUGAUGUCGAUCUACCGAUUUCAAUAUUUUGGGGCACAACAAUGGCCCGACGUCGGCUCUACAUCGGCACAUUUUGCCGACAUUCCGACAUUAUACCUAUAUCGGGCCGAUAUAGUCAUGCUGGCUGGGUAAGCACAUGAGCAUGGGAGGCCAGGGGUGGGUGGGGGUAGUCGGAGGGAUAAUACGAUUCUUUUUCCGCCUCAAAGGAAGAACGUUUUAUUUCUGAUAUAAUACAUGUAUUUUGGGCAACCACAACAUUAGGCGAAUCCCUUUUCCCCAUUGCAAACAUUAGGAAGAAUGCUAUGCUAAUGUUAAUUAAUACUUGACAAACUAAACACUAUAAAAUGUUACAUCUACAUAAAUCUCAAAGAGUAAUCAAUGAAUUUUUGCUGAGUCAUACUUCCGGAUAAUCUGUUAUAACAUUAUUGGAUACAUUCCUUUUAUGUAAAACGGUUAUCAUUGAUUUUUAUGACCACUUCAUGAAACUUUGUCAAUACAAAGUAAAUACAUGUACUUCUUUCAUUUCAGUGCUAAACAGUUUUACAUAGCUCUACUAAAAUACAGCCAGUCGGCUUUUAAAAUAAAAAAAGAAAAGAACGCGACAUAUAACUUCCUACCAUAUUUUAUCUAUUCCUUAUUUAUUUAUUACUUAUCUUCAAAUAUUUUAUACAUGUAUCAAUAAAAUAGCUCGUGGCAAAAUUCAUGCGCGGAUCCAGCCAAUUUUCUCAGGGGUGGGGAUGGGGGGUCCGGCCGACCCCUUACUUUGACAAAAUGUGUCUUUAUACACUAAAUAAUUUGAUGCGUAUUUGUGGAUGUUAACCGUUUACAAGUACAGGGUUGUCAUUAGGUUUUUGUUGAACAGGCUGAAACAGAAAAGUAGCCGACCAGUUAGGGGGUCCGGGGGCAUGCCCGCCCUGAAGAUUUUGAAAUUCAGCGCUUCAUUUCCUGCAUUCUGGGCAUUUUAGGAGCAUUUAAGAACACAUAUUCCACUGCAAUUUUAUAAACAAUAUUCCCCUUAUUUUCACAUUUUUUAUGAGCUCACCUGUUAAAUUUGAGAAAAAUAAUGAAAUGAAGUAAAAUUCUUUGUUUCUUUGAGAUAAUUAACAUAAAUAUGAAUUAAGUCGGGGUUGUAUGUAGCAGCAGCCACAUACACUUUGAAUGCGGUCCUAAUGUUGCCUUAUCGAAAAACCGUUUUCUUUCCCUUUUCUCUUCUUUCCUUUUUUUAGUAUUUUCCAUUUGGGGGGAGGUGGGGGUGGGGGCUCUGAAUCCGGGCAAGAAAAGUGGUAAUAUACUAUCAGGAAUAAUCACGCUGACCGUACAGGUCGAAUAAGUAUUUACCGAGAUAGUCUUUUCUGUCAUUAAUUUCACCGUUAAGAGUUAGGUCCAGGUUUUGGAAAAAAAAUUCGAACAUCAAAUCAUAGAAAGAAAGAGUUGUUUUACAUGAAAAUUAAACAGCAUUUUACAAAAGCAUCAUCAAUUUGCUCACAUAUGUAGGGGGCCAUACUUCUGGACAGUUCAGCGCCUUUUAACACUCACCAUUUUGAAAGAACUGUUACAUGUCUUUGUUUUGAUGCAAUUGCAAUAAUGUCCCACAUAACUGGGUUAAACAUCGAUUUGAACAAUUGUUUACUUUUGGCAUUCUUUUAUAAAGGGGGACAACUUUUGAGAAUAUUUUAAGUAUUUGUUUGUUUGUUUAGGGUUUAACGCCGUUUUUCAACAGUAUUUCAGUCAUGUAACGGCGGGCAGUUAACCUAACCAGUGUCCCUGGAUUCUGUACCAGUACAAACCUGUUCUCCGUAUUUUAAGUAUCCAAUUGUACAGGACAGUAAGGUAAAACAUGUAUUAGACAGGUAGAUUGUUGGUAAAAAUAUUGUUCCUUUACCAAACAUUUCUGUGUUUUGGUGAUAUACUGCUAAUCCACAAUCACCAUCUUUUUAUACAUUAUUACAGGGUGUCUCAAAAUGUAUCAUAUGUCCUAAUUUAACGUCCAAAAAAUUGUGUGUAAUAAAUCAAUACUAAUGGGUUAAAUGUUGCCAGAAUAAAGUUUUUUUUGUGUGUUUUUUUUUAUGAAAAAUACCCGUUUAAUAGUUGAAAGGCAUUCAGCAUAAAGUAAAACCUGUCUUAAGCAGCCAGCCAAGGGAAUGGGGAAAAGUGGCUGCAUACAACAGGUAAUUUAUAGAAUGAAUGACCACUUUGGGAAAUGAGACACUGGCUGCUUAAGACAGGUUGGCUGCUUAAUAGAUGUGACCGCUAAAGCAGGUUUUACUGUAUUAACAAUUCCAACCAUAUAGCUUCAAUUUAAGUAUGAAAUGUUAUUUUAAGAAAUUUCAAACAUACAGAAAACAUAUAUUUUUGGACAAACUGUGUAUUUAAGAAGGCGUUGCAUAUGGUUACAAACAUAUCUCAUUUAUUUUUUUUAGAUUUUUUUUUUUUCAAUUAUAUACAAAUAUCACAGCUUUAGAUGAAUGUUGUGCAUGUAUUUUCAUUAUUCUGAAAUAGCUUUAACCAUUUUAAAUUAUCAAUGUGCCAAAGUUCAUACCCGCCUUUUUAUGUCAAGGUACUUAGAUAAACUCUGUUUAAGUCACGACUGUAUACGAGAACUUGAAUGUAUAUGAUUUUAUUAAGUCCAUUUGUAUGACAUUUUCUAUGAUGAUUUGAUAUGAAUAUUUUAGCGUUUAUAUACUUUCCUAUUACUAUAUACUGCAUUCUGCUCCGUCAGAUACCAGUAUAUCAGUAGUGAGCUGUUGAUAUUACACCACAGGAGACAUGUUCUGAUAAAUUAUUCAAGCAUAUCUAUGAAUAACUAAAUUUGCCUGUCUUGAUCAAACACUGCCCCAGUAAUCAAAAUUCGACAUUUAUUCAUUAUACUUCACACUUUGUUCUAUUCAGAACCAUGGUGAGUCCACGUCUGUUCUAUCUUUAAUACGUGCGUCCGUCCGUGCGUGUGUAAUUAUUUAUUGUCGCCGCCUGAUACCUAUAUGGGUGACUCCUCCAAAGACUGUUAGUAAUUUAUCAUACAGAAUGUGCAAGACAGGAGAUGCUUUAAUUCCUGUUCUUUAGCGUGGUCUUCGAAUGUUGUUUUUUUAAUUGGAGGAGCGGAGUCUCGAACUCACGACCUCCGGUUUCAUAGUCCAACGUAUUACCAAUGGACCACUGUGUCCUGUCUUUAGCUGCUAUGUAAACUAUCUUUUAAAGAUAGCCAGUCCCAUUUUGCAAUAUUUUACUCUUGUAUUCUAUUAGAGAAGAUACAUGGCACAGAGUUAGAACCCUAUUACAAAUUUAUAUUUGAUUGCUGUUGUAAAAUUUUGUAAAUUCUCCCCACAUCUACAGUAAAGAAGUUGACGAUCUCUUUUGAAUUCGAUGUAAUUUCUAGUUUUACAUUUGCAUAUGUAUAUGAUAUUUCAACAAUCAUACCUGCCAAAAGACAUAUCUUUAAACUGUGUAUAGCUUUUGAAUUCAUUUAUUUCCAAUUUAUCUUUAUAGGCAAAGGGAGGUAAUAAUUGUUUUAAACUUGCGUUUAUAAAGAACUUCGGCUAAAUAUAGUGUAAAUAAUUAAUUAUCUUAAAUAAUUAAUGUAUUCUUUUGACAAAGAUAAACAAUAUUAGUUAUAGUAAUAUCAUUCCCAUAGAUAAUACUCAUGCUAAAAUUAUUGAAUUUAUACUCGUGCUAAAAUAACUGUAUCUUGGUAUGACAACCAGGUUAGGAUGAUAAAAUUUUAGAAAAUACAGUGCAACCUCUGUAGAGCAACACCCUUUUGGAGAUACAAACAUGACUGUUGUUGUUCUGGAGAGGUAAAUUUGAUAGUAUAUUUCAGCUUAGGGAAAUUUUGAUGAUGUUGUUAAAGAGAGGUUUUUGCUUAAGAGAGGGCCGCUCUGCAGAGGUUGUACUGUACCUCCAUUGAAAAUCUAACUGUAUUAAACAUUCAGUGACCAUGAGACAAGGGUAAAUGAUCAUAUGUUAAAAUCCAUAGACAAUUCUAAUAGUUGACCAAAUUUUGAUGAACCACAUUGAAAGACUAGUCUCAGAAUACAAACACGCCAUUGCUCAAUAUCAAUGUCUAGCUCAGAAUCAGCCAAACAGCUGCUUGCGUUUUGAGACUUGCCUCCUAACACAGCCUCGUUUACUACUUUUUUUUCAAAUUAAUGUAUAAAACAUAUAAAUGUAUAUAAUCUAUUCAUAUGAAGCAAUGCAACAUAUUUCUCCUCAGAUUAUAAUUUUAGUUUCUGUUUUUUGUUUGUUUCGUUAAAACUGUUUAUGUUAAUGUCGAUUUCCUCUGAUGAUAUCUGAAUAAAAGAAUAUUGUUGAUAAAACUA